UCAGGAAGAUCAGCUUCCCCUGAACUUCACCGAAUCCCACUGAGAAUAUCGCAGAGAUCAGAACGGCUGCGGGGGAAAGUUCAAGAGCCGAAAAACCUUCUAAAUGACGAUGAUUGCGAGCAGCUUGAUGCGUCUCGUGAUGCUCCUCUCCAUUAACGAUGUCAUAUACGCCGAUGGAAAUAGUCAUCUGACCAUAAGGUCUCUGCAAACGGACAGGCCUAAGAGGACAAUGAAGUAUCCAUGUGCUGAUUCAGAACCAUUGCCCAUGUCAGGUCCCGAUGUCCGUGAUGCCGACCAAGCCCUCCUUUCGGACAAACUCCAGCCAUGUCCCGAGCAGGAGCAAUGGGAUUGGGCUCCAAACCUGACAGACACAAACCCAUCCGCUCAACAAUCCAGGAAAAGGCUCUCGGUGAAAAGAGGAAAAGCUAAGAAGAUGUUCGGCUGGGGAGAUUUUCAGUGCAAAGUGAAGUCCACGAGCCUCAAUCUGCUCAUCGCUGGGAAGAUUGUGGAUCAUGGCAAUGGAACGUUCAGCGUUUAUUUCCGAUAUAACACCACCGGAGGUGGAAACGUCUCCGUGAGGCUGGUUCCUCCAAGCAAAUUGGUGGAAUUUGAUGCAGCUGCUCAAACCGUUCUGCACUCGGUGGAGUCGAGGAUGUUUAACUGCAGGGUGGAGUAUGAGAGGGUGGAGAGAGGUACCAAAAGCACGCGCUGCUGGUACGACCCGUCUCAUAGCUGCGACCAGGAUCAGACUCACAGCCAUGUUUCUUGGCUCUGCUCAAAACCGUUCAAAGUCAUCUGCGUCUACAUAUACUUCUACAGCUUGGACUACAAACUGGUGCAGAAAGUCUGCCCAGAUUACAAUUACCACAGCGAGUCUCCUUACUUACCUUUUGGAUGAUCACUUAUUUCUCAUAGUAGAGGAACGAGUACAUGCGUUUAUUCUAAGAUAAUUGGGCAGUUUCCCAUUUUGAACAGGAAUACGAAAAGUUCACUAAUCGUGUCAUGAUUUGCCCAUCGACGUAACAUGCUCUGAUUCAUAGUAAUAAUCUGUAGUAAUUGUAAUAAUUUGAUUGUGGUUGGCAUGAGUGUUAC